AUGUCAACGGAAGAAAGACAGGACAUGGAGGAUGGGGAGCAAGACGAAUGGGGAGGCGAAUACGAUCCGCUGUCAGACCCCCAAGAGCGCAGGGUUCUCUUUGCAGCGUUGGAUUCUUUCAGUCAAUACCGCCGUUUUCUGCACCGAAACAUAACCCACCGCCGUCGCCAAUCAUUCUACUCCCUGCCAUCUUUCCACUGGGCAAAGCUCUCCAAUCCCCCAUUUUCCAUGCUGGACACAUUCAACAAGAUCGACGACGCCAUCGACACCAACGCUGACAUCGCAGAGGCCAUUCUCGCCACUGGCCUGCCGUCCUUCGGCCUUGCACCAGAACCAGCGGAGCACGAUCCCAGGAAUUGGCGCAACAGGGCCACCCCGGAAGAUAUUAACAAGGCGAACUCGACCAUUCGCCAGUUCUUCCGCGACUGGAGCGCCGAGGGACAGCAUGAGCGAGAUAUUUCAUACGGACCAGUGCUACAGGCUUUGCGCGAUGAAUUCGGCGAGCGGCCCGCGCCGGGGACGAGGGUGCUAGUUCCUGGUGCCGGGCUGGGAAGGCUGGUCUUUGAUUUAAGCAUGGCGGGAUAUUCCGCUGAAGGAAACGAGUUCUCGUAUCAUCAACUGAUAGCGAGCAGUUGGGUACUGAACCACACCCGGAAACCGGAGGAAUUUGCGCUUUAUCCGUUUGCGAUGGGAUUCUCCAACUUGAAAUCUAGAAGUCAGCAGCUCAAGAAAGUGAUGAUUCCCGACGUUCAUCCUGGCUCUGCUGUGACGGCGCAAGGCUUGCUUCCGGAAAACGAGCGCACGAUGGGCUCGAUGAGCAUGACGGCAGCAGAUUUUCUUAUUCAGUACGCUGAGCCAGAGUGCACAAAUGCGUUUAAUGCGGUGGCAACGGUUUUCUUCAUCGACACCGCACCGAAUCUUAUCCGAUAUAUCGAAACCAUUCACAAUUGCUUGAAGCCAGGUGGGCUCUGGAUUAAUGUUGGCCCGUUACUGUGGCACUAUGAAGACAGGCAUAAUGGUAGCCAGAGCAAGAGUGGGGGUGCCGAGACGGAUGAUGUUGAGAAGUUGGGCAUCGUGGAGCCCGGCACUGUUGAAUUCACGGAGGAAGAGAUCUUCCAAUUGGUUGAGUCUAUGGGCUUCGACAUUCGAAAACAUGACAAGGAAGUGCGGGAGUGUGGAUAUAUUCAAGACCCGGAGAGCAUGUUGCAAAAUACGUAUAGACCGUCCUAUUGGGUGGCGGCUAAAAAAUAG